AUGAAUCGACAUAGAAAUGGCGUAACCAAGAACAGAAAGACGUCUCUCACUAGCAGCAGCAGCGGUCGAGCGUGGAGAGAAGAGGAGGAAGCGUAUCUUAUCCAGACCCGAAUGCUCAAGACGCCGUACAAGCACAUUGCAGCCCAUUUGAACAAGACUGAGCUGGCCUGUCGACUGCACUAUCACCAGUUAUCGCAUGGAAGCACCAGGCGCAAGCGCAUUGCCUCGUUCUCAUCAGGCUCGUCAGAGCCGUCGCCAAGUCAGCCUGCCGCGCCUUCCAGCCCUGUGUGCCGAGGAGCUCGUUCUCUCUCACCACCCAUGAGCGGCGGCGGCUUCCUGGGCAAGUCGACACAAGACAGCGACAUGCGGCUGCCUCGGAUCCUGUCUGCAAAGAGAUCGCCGAGACUGCCGGCCAUUCUGCCCAAACCGGAAGGAGUCCCAUUCUCUCCCGCAAUCGGCGAGGCCCUGCCAAGGUGCGCAAGCAUCACAUCCGAACAAUGCAUCAACAACACUCUGCCGCCGGUCAAGAUGCACCAUUUUCAGGGAGGUGCAACCUACCAGCCUUCUGGGCCGCCUCGUUGCCUCGAUGGUUCGCGCCUGUCGCCGCCGUCCUCGUCGGUGCACACGCCUGCACAGGUGGAUCUGAAGAGGCUUUUCGCCGUGUACGAGAGACACAAGAGAGCGUUUUGGGCCGUGAUUGGCGAUGAAUACGGCAUGAAUGCAUCUCCGGCGGCGCUGGAGCAAGCGUGGAGGUUGGGAGCCUGCGGUCAGUACAGUGACAGCAACCCGAUGACGCGCGUUGGUAGCCCUGCCGAGGGCCGGAGAGCCGAGCUUGGUUCAAGAGGUCGGGACAAGACGAGAAUAGCUUCCAUUUUGGAUGACGGCCCAGAGAUGCGGCUUCAGCGCUGA